AACCGUGCGUUCUUUCUGGAACUGAGCACAGCAAGCUCGACCGUCGACCGAAGCGCUAACGACAGAUUGUUCGAGUUUGGGUUUUGAAGGCCCUGCCAGAAUCGGCAGCAAGCGUUCAGCGACAUUAGGCAUCGUCAGCCGCACUCUCCGUGUCAGCAGCUGCGGUCUCAGUUUGGGACCUGCGUCACAACAGGGCCCGUUAACAUGUGCGACGAGGUACCCAAGCCUCAAGAAAGCAAGGCUGACACUUCGCCGACGCCCAGCACGUUGGCAGCGGAGGCCGCCUCCCAGGAAUCGAUGGAUUACCGUGAAAAUGUCUCAGCCUGCGCCGAGGACGAUGCCACACCUGGGGCCUGCGGUGGCACGAGCGACCCCACUGACUUCAAGCAGUUUGCCACACAACGCGAACUCGAUAUCAUGUCCUGGGUUCGGGAAUCUACAAAACGUGCGGUUUAUUCGGGUCUGCGCGCCCCCGACGACAGCUUGGGAGCCCGUGGAGACACAAGACCAGUUGCCAAUGCCUUCCCUUGGGCUGAGGACUGCUCGACUUUCCCGAGCUUUUCAGGCAUGAGGGCCCCCAGAGGCUCCCCAGUGUUCACCGAUGCUCGGACCACCAGUCAACAGCCAAGCGCAAGUUUCACCAGAUCAAGAGCCCGGGACGGAAGUUCCCAGACGGCCUUUAUUCCUCCGGACCAGACGCAGUAUAUCUCCGACUUGCUGACCUUCAUACGGGAUUUGGAUCGUCCAGGGCCAUCCUUCCUUUUCCAGCCCAACAGAGAUCAGCCCGCUGGUGCUGGGCAGGUAGACGAUGUCGAAGAAACUCUGACCAGGCUCGAAGCCAGCCUCCCUGAAAUAAAUGCGUUUGUGGAUUCGAUCUGUGAAGAAGGCUCUCCUAAAGUGAGCCCAAAGAAAUGACGGGAAUGCUACACAAGAUCCAUAAGCAUAGCAUCCCAGUAAAAACAACCCCCCUCGAAAAAAAAAAAGAAAAAGAAAAAAAAAG